AUGCAGUUGGGGCUAGAUGCAACCCCGACAUACAAACGUACAGGGCGACCUGUGCAUCCUCUAUGGGCACAUUUUUAUCGUGGAAAUAAACGCAACCGCUAUCACUACCACGCAUUUUGUUCUUAUUGUGUAGCACGUUAUGGUGUUGAUCAGGUGCUGCCUACACGUGGUGUAUCUGCUGACAUGCUCCGACAUCUAGAGAGCUGUCCCAAUUUUCCUCGCAAAGUCCUGGACACAGUUAAAGAGCUAUGUGGUCGUCGAGAUCGGAUAAUACAUACUAGGAAGGACAUAAAAAAUGAUGAUAAUAGCAGUGGUAAUCAUCUGAUUGACGAAGAUCAAGUGCUGCUCUUAGACGCCAUGACAGUCUCGAAUCUGACGCAGAAGACGGCAGAUGACGCAGUUGCUGUCAUUGCUGCAAUUGCAACACCAGAGGACCCAAAGGUGACAAGAAAAAGGACAAUAAGUGAAGUGUUGGAUAUGCAUGUGGACACUACUACUAGUAGAGAUGCAGAGAAGAGACUGACAUUGAAAAGUGGACAGAAUGCUGGACAGUACUUGACAGUAGCCACGAAACGUGGACAAAAGAAUGCAACGGAGGAGGACAUUGUGACGAGAUGGAGGACAAAUUUGCUACAGACCGCAGUGGUAACGGGUAUCCCACUUUGGGCUUUUCAGAAAAGGGAGUUUCAGGACUUGCUGCAGGUUCUCAGUCCUGUAAGGGUGGAGAGUCAUGAACUAAUCAGCAGCAUCGGGAGUCUUACGUUUUUGGAAGAAACUGCAGCUAAACUGGCGCGUACGCAACUGGAUCGAGUGAAAGAAGGCACGAUUAAGAGCGGUCUGACGCUGAGUGUGACCUAUUGGUGCACUUUGGAUCUGCAGCAUCUGGUUGCGUUCACACUUGUCAAUUCGAAUGGAGACGCUGCAUGUGUACGAGUGGAAGAUCUGAAAUGUCGAUAUGCUGCCGGUGACAACAGUGAUCGUGCUUCUCCAUUGCUGUGUCUAGCACAAGUGCUACCGCUUGUCCACGCCAUUGAAGAUGUUUUGCUGCAGUUGAGUAAGCAGAAUAUUUGUGUCAUGGGGAUUGUAACUGACUCGGCGAUAGCAUUGAGUGCUGCAAAAACAGUGUGUCGUAGUACACGAUGGCGCCCUUUGUUGGUAGUUCCCUGUAUGUCCGCGUUGCUGACGUCUUUAGCGGGUAGCAUUUUGACACACAAAGUGUACCGUGAUGCAGUGGGGCAGCUUGUGGAAAUUGCUUCAUAUUUUACCAAUUCACGACUGCAAGCAUCACUGCGCAGCAUAUCUGGCGAAAGUGAUGCACGUAUUCCGCUCCCGACAAGAAAUCACUGGUUCUCAUUCGUGGUUUGUCUAACAAAGACGUUGCAUUACAGCGACGUGAUCACUGCAUUAUGUACAAGACACGAAGAACGAGGCUGUGUUUCGGCACCGUUGGCACUGCGCGAACUCGUUCUUAGCAAUAACAGCCGCAUCUGGGAAAAACUACGAGGGUUGGCUGUGCUUCUUGCCCCGUUGCGAGAAGCGUGUAGCCUUGUGUUCCAGUCCCAAGCUAGAGCGGACGAGAGCAAGAGUGCUUGCGAUAACGAUGACGAAUGCGCGACCAGUGUCCGUGGAGGACUUACCCUCGCUCACAUCAUGUAUCAGCUUGGCCGCAUGAGUCAGCAGUACGCUACUCUUGCAGAAUGUACUGACCUGAAUUCAUCAUCGAGCACCAAUGGCGAAGAGACAACAGUCGUGGCACACUAUCUUCAUGAACUUUUGGACAGUAUGUGGCAGCGGUACGACCUGCCAACGAUGGUGCUCGCAUACGUGUUUGAGUUUCACAUGGAUACGGAGCGGCUAGACAUGAGUAAUAGUGCGCUCCAGUGGAAGGCUGUGUCAUCUUAUUUUCAACAUUACUUUCAGCGCUGGUUCUGCCAGUCACAGGAAAGUCAGGUAAAAAUAGCAAGUAAUUUAACCGUAUUCACGCCGAUCUCGAGCAACAAGAUCGAAGCGAUUCUCAACGCAUACCAAAUUCGCCAGUUCCCGUUCGAUGCUGACACGACAAGUGAUUAUACCGAUGCGUCGUCUUUCUAUUCCUUCGUGUCGGACUCUCAUCCUGAGGUUUGCGCGCUUUGCUGCCGACUGUAUGCUGUUGCGUUAGCUUGUGUCGACCUUCGCCGUGUCAUUCGUGGUAUCGGGUUCCUGCCUUCUGUCGCGCAGACGAGUAAGCGUCCUGAACAAGUAGAACUGCUACUUCACGUGGGCUACGCAACAAGGAUGAAGAAAACAAGACGUCCUUCUGGAGGUAACAACAUUCUACCUGAGCUCCUGCAAGCCAGUUGUCCAGAAGAAUUACUCUGUAGUGGCGAAGAAUGGGAUGCGUUCUCGACGGACUGGAAGCAGUUUCUUGACCACGAAUUGGCACUCGGCGAGUCGGAGCAGCUUCAAAGGUACGACAGCAUUGGUAGCUGCUACCAAGAUAAGAACGACGAAGCCGUCCGAUUGCCUCUUAACCAGCUUUUCUUGGAAGCGCUUCCUCCAUUACCUGGUAGCACCUGCACCUGA